AUGACUGUCUCAUUUCACAAAUACACAGGCGACUUCUUCCCCGGGACAGGAAAGCUCGACGACAACGGGAGCGGCCCCGGAAAACAUUUUGCUCUCAACGUUCCCUUGCAAGACGGCAUCGACGAUGAGAUGUAUCUCACAAUUUUUAAGACCGUCAUCGGGGACACCGUCACCGCCUUCCGUCCGUCCGCGAUUGUUUUGCAGUGUGGUGCCGAUUCGCUUGGCUGUGAUCGGCUUGGCGCGUUCAAUCUCUCCAUCGCGGCGCAUGGUGAGUGCGUCAAUUUUGUACGCAAGUUUAACGUCCCGUUGCUGGUCGUUGGUGGUGGAGGCUACACUAUCAAGAAUGUCAGUCGCUGCUGGACGUAUGAAACCUCUGUUCUGGUAGGGGCGGAAAUACCUGACGAACUCCCGAGGACUGUGUAUGAUUCAUUCUUCGCCGACUCCCAUUGGAAACUUCAUCCACCCUUGACGGGGAAAGUCGACAAUCAAAAUUCGCCUGCCUCGCUCCAACGUAUCACCAUUAGCAUUCGAAAUAAGCUUCGAUACCUUCAAGGUGCACCUAGCGUAGCUAUGCAAGAGAUCCCUCCUGAUCUCCAAGGCCUGCUCGCGGAUGAGAACAAGACAGCUGAAGAGAAGGAUGAAGAGAAGGGCACAGGCCAGGCAGGAGAACGACGCCUCGGAAGAUCAACAAACCGUGCUGAAUAUUACGAAGGCGAUAACGACAAUGACAACGAUUCCCCGGCGCCAAGCACCAGAGCGCGUGGUGGCAGUACUGGGCGGAGGGCGAGGGGCGGCCGACGGGGGCGAGGACGUGGUCGUGGAAGAGGAGCUGCAUCAGCUUCAGCUUCAGUUUCCGCACCUCCUACUCCUGCUACGCCAUCACGUGCAACUGGCGACGCGAAUGACGAUGACGAUGACGCCGUACCGGAACCCAGCCCUGCACCUGUUAAGAGAGGAAGAGGGAGAGGUCGUGGCAGAGGUAGGGGUCGUGGUCGAGCAGCGGCUGCUGACAAGGAAAGGGAUAAAGACAAAGAAAAAGAAAAAGACCCCGGCACCCCCACCACGGAGACGACUUCGACUCCGGCCAUGGAUGUCGACGUGGACGGUCCAGGAUUCGUCAAGUGGUCUGAAGACCAUCAUACCACGAUCCAUUCAAGGCUCAACGAUGCUUUCAACUUCCAGGGGACUUGA